GAUUAAAUCACCAUUGUAAACAAAAAAGAAAUUCAUGACAGAACGUGAGCAAAGCAAAGAUUUUCUUGCAAUUGGGAGCUUUAAUUUCGAGUUGAAUAAAAAUGAAACGCCCGUCAGGCUAAACAUAUGCUGUAAAGAAUCUUUUAUGUGGUAGCUUAUACAGAAAGGGGACUGGAACCAUAAAGAUGUUGGUGGAGAGAUACCGCCCUAUAUUGUACUUACAGUACUUGCUACUGUUUGUUGAUCUCUUCAUGAACUCAUUCAUAGAAUUACUUAGAUUUGAAAAUGUUAUUCUCCUAGUUCUACUUGUGAUUCAGGACGUGUGUAUAUUGUUUGCAGCAAUUGUAGUCUUCCUGUUAUUCUUCAACACAUUCAUAUUUCAAGCAGGUCUUGUUAACAUUCUCGUUAACAAGUUUCGUGUGCCAAUCACUGUCAUCUUUAUCUAUUUCUCCCUGUGCGUGGGACUUCAUGUCUGGUAUAUGACUGGACGUUGGAAUGAUCCAGAUGCCUAUAUUUGGAACAAUGAUGGUCUCAGGGCAUUAUUCAUUAUUCAAAGAACAGCGGCAGUAUUUUAUUACUACUUCUAUAAACGGACAUGUUUGAAGUUAGGAGAUCCGAGAUUCUAUCAGGAUUCAGACUGGAUCAAGAAAGAGUUUGAAAAAAGACGAUAGUGUUGAUAGAAUAGGAGAUUAAAGCUAGCAGUAAUAGAUAGAGACUUUUAAUGCAGCAUCAAUUAGUGUUAAUUUGUAACUUUAAUGUGCUAGCCAGGUUUUUAGGCUGUGAAAAAGAAUGACUUGCAAGUUGCCACAUGAGGUAGCGUUUUUGUUGGUUUAACCAUACAAGAUAUGCCUUCAAUACAUAUCAGUGAGGAUAUUACACAAAUUUUGCUGCCAAGUAUUAUAAAAUGUUAAACAAUGGAAUUUAUUAUGACAGAUAUAAUAAUGCUUAUUUACUAUGAUAUUUGUCAAUUUUAUAAUGUUCAGAUGCCAUAAAAAAACUUGAUGCAUGACUUAUGAAUGAUUGUUAAAUAGUUUCUGGAAUCUGCUUUGGGUCACAUUAGGUGCAAGUUUUUAUAGCUACUUGCAACAAAACAAAUUGAUCAGAAAUGCCUUAUGAAGUUAUGACAAUCUUUCUUUAAAAAAAAAAUAUCUGAGCCAUUUCAGUGGAGAAGAUCUGGUAGCAUAAUUUUAGACAUUGUUGGCUUUUCGUUGUUUAAAGUGACAUUAUGCUCAUAUUUUCAUUGUCAAGUUCAGCUGAGUUGACUUUAUAUUUCAAAAGAUUGACUGUUUAAAUGAUGUUUGACCAACAAAUUAUAUUGGAAAAUGUUUAGGAUAAAAUUUAAAAUCUGCCUAAAAUAUAAAAAGACUGCCCCACUCUUUUUAUAAAUUGAACGUUACAGGUAGAUUCUAAAUGAUAUUUACUGAAAUUGCGUCCGAAUCCGGUGGUUAUUUAUUGUUUAUGCAAAGUAAAUUAUUAAAUCAAAUGAAUGAUGGCAAAAUGAAAAUUUAUUUUGACUCUCAUCUGUUCACUCACAAUAUACCUUUAGAUGGGCAUAAUGUCUGAUGGUGAAUCUCUGAGUUUUUUCCCCAACACUAUUCCUUUCUUAAACUAGAUACUUUAGUUUUUCCUUUCUUAAACUAGAUACCUUAGUUUUAAGUUGAGUUUUUCAAAUUUGAAAUAUACAUGUAUAUGCAAGACUGACAAUGUUAACUUUUAGAUUAAAAUUAUAUUAUUGCAUAUUCAGUCAAAAGAUGAUCCUUUGAUUUUUUUUACACUGAAUGUAUGUACAGUGCCUGUAAGUUUAACACUUUUUAAUGUCUAUUUUACAAGAGUUUUAGAAUUAUUCUUUAGAGUUGAAAAGAAAUUCAAAGAUUGUAUUUAUUUGAAACAUACUGUUGUCAUUUUCAGUUUGAAAUUAAGGUAUACUAAUUUUAGUAAAGUAAAAUAUUUGCAGCUUGUAAAUAGAAUUCUAUUUCUUCUUUCAAUAGCACUACAGAUAUAAUGUUAUUAUCACUAUAUUUUCUAGUAAUUUUGUCAAAUUAUUAUUCUUAUGAUAUUUAGUUUGCCAUAAUAUCUGUGAUAGUUUAUUUUUUCCGUCCUUGCAUGUGCCUGUUUAACACAUAUCUGAAUUUGUCAUAUUUAAAGACUAAGAAAUUUUUUAGAGACAAAUGUUUACAUUUUGAUUGGGAACAUAAUUAUGUUUUUUUAAGUUUUCUUUCUUGAAAAAUAAGUUUGCCCAAAAAUUAAGAUUAAUCUCAAAACUCGGUUCUAAAAAAAAUCAAAUAUACAUGUCAGGAAGACGUACACUAUGUGUAGGCUGGAACAACAAUGACAUCUUGACCGUGGGAACCAAGAUGACAUUGACGUAUAAUCAUAUCAACGUCACUACCGCUUUACUUGUAUAUUAUUGUGAUAAUAAAAAAGAUAGAAACAAGACACAAUGCCAAGUUUAUAUAUCUAUACCCCACAGUACAUGUAACAUGUAUAUAAUUAUACUUUAAAACGAUUAUUUAUAAACAAACACUGUUUAGUUUAAUGUGGUUUCUAUCUAAGUGAUAUACAUGUAUGAUAAUUUCAUAUCAUGUUUUCAUUAUGCUAGUUGUAGGUUUAAGGUUACAGGAAACACUGCCAUGAAACUUUCAAAAUCAUUUUUAUUUCACAGAUUGACUUUCAAUGCCUUUAGAUUUUGUAUGCUGAAUCCAGUUCAUUACUGAUUUUCAAAUUUGAAUGUUAAAAUUUAGCGUACUAUUAAGAGAAAAGAAGACUGUGCUAAAGUGAAAGCUGAUAUCUUUACUGCAAGGCAAAGACCUAUGGUCCUCAUAGUUUGAAACAAUUUGCCAUUAGCUGCAUACUGUUAUUUUCUCUAUGACUAUAUAUAUAAAUAUAUAUAUAAUAUAUAUAAGAAAUUAUGUUGCUUUUAUUACAUUUGUAGAUAUGUGAAUUGUUUGUAAAUAAAGAGUUGUAUAUUAAAAUGUGUAAAUUAGCAUAAGCCUCUAUGUUUAUAAUUGAAUUUAGUAAUUUAUUAAUAAAAGGACUAAUCACAA